AUCAGUUACUCGCUGGACACGGGGAGGCAGACUUAUUAGCGAUCAGAGAGAGAUAGAGAGAGAAUGAAGUCUCCGUCGGGGGCGCCAGCUCGUGUUAUUCUCAUCGUCUUAUUUUCUCAUCUGUUCAUCGUUUCCGACGGCUCGCCAAUCCGCGACGGACUAAGCGGUAACCCGGCAGAUAUCUGGGUGGACACGACGUUGAAAAAAUUUUACGGACCAUGGCCGAGUCUGAGGAAAGCUAACGGACAAGAUGUGGACUACGGCGAUUACGGGGUGGUUCUGCCGGAAGUGGUCGAUGGGGCGACCGGCGAUUUUCCAUCGAAUUACGAAUUCGGCGACUCGGACGUUCUGUUUGCACCGAGUGCCGUGGAUCAGAGCGGAUCGGUUGGCAAAGCGGGUGACGCCGAUCAAAACGAGGAUCCCAACGAUCUCGAUAACCGAGACUAUAACGGAAACGUAGCGUGGACCUCAGCGGCGAUGUAAUUGUCGUUCAUCCGGCAAAUUAUCGAUUUCUUGUAUCUCGUGUGUAUAAGGGCGAUCGUAGCAUGUGAUGGAUAAUCAAAACGUGCGGUGUCUGAAUGAAAUAAAAAAAAAAGAAUUGGAAAUAA